AUGGAGCAAUCCCCCAGAAUCAAGAAAAGCCACUCAGAGAGACGAACAAGUCCAGGAAUCGAAAGCUUAAACAUGUCCAUGUUUGAGCCAUCCUUAACUCCACCGAAUGACACCAAGAAUUAUAGAAUUUUUGCAGGCACGUGGAAUGUGGGAGGGAGAACUCCCAACGAUGCGAUGAACCUGGAAGAUUUCUUACAAGUGGAAGAAUGUGCGGACAUUUAUGUGAUUGGGUUUCAGGAAAUUGUUCCUCUAAAUGCAGGGAAUGUGCUUGUUCUAGAAGACAACGAACCCGCAGCAAAGUGGCUAGGUUUGAUAGACAAGGCUAUAAACAAACCCAACACUCAUUACGACUCCUUUUUUGUUGCUUCGGAUCAUGGGUCCACAAAAGCACCCUCAAAGGAUUCGAAGUCGCUUCCUUUCUUCAGAAAGGCGUCGCUAAAAGUGCUGAGCAGGAGUCUGAGGCCUAUGGACUGUGGUGCGCUCAAGGCAUGUAACUGUCCAAUUGAAGUGGGGACCAGAGAGAGAAGGCGGAGGAAGCUGAACGAGGGGACCUCAUCCCCAGAGUUACACGAUGACGAAUUUGAAUUCAUUUCCAAUUCCGAUAUUUCUUCCUCCAAAUCCCUGGAUGAGGACAACACCAAAUACAAGCUCAUUGCAAGCAAGCAAAUGGUGGGUUUGUUCCUUUCCGUUUGGGCUCAACAGGAGUUGGUCCCUCAUAUUGCUCAUCUUAGAGUCUCCACCGUUCGAAGAGGGAUAAUGUGUCGCCUCGGAAACAAGGGGUGCAUAUCCAUCAGCAUGUCGGUGCAUGAGACGAGCUUCUGCUUCGUUUGCAGCCACUUGGCAUCUGGUGAGAAGGAAGGGGACGAACUGAAAAGAAACUUGGAUGCAGCUGAGAUUCUCAAAGGCACCCAAUUUCCCAAGAUUUGCAAGAAUCCCUACAGGAGAGCCUCUGAGAGAAUUAUGGAUCACGACCGGAUAAUAUGGCUCGGUGACUUGAAUUACCGGGUUACUUUGAGUUACGAGGAUACCAGGACCUUAAUAGAGGAUAAUGAUUGGGACAGACUGCUGCAUAACGACCAGUUGACGGUGGAGAGAGAAGCUGGAAGAGUAUUCGUGGGGUUCAGUGAAGGGCGGAUUCAAUUUGCACCCACUUACAAGUACAUUCAGAACACAGAUUCAUACGCCGGGGAGACAGCGAAAACGAAGAAGAAACGCCGGACUCCGUCAUGGUGUGAUAGAAUACUGUGGCGGGGGAAUGGGAUAGAGCAGGUGUGCUACGUUCGAGGGGAGUCUACAUUUUCGGAUCAUAGGCCAGUGUGUGGAGUGUUUUGGGUGGCGGUGGAGGUUAGAAACAGAAGCGGCAAGUUCAGAAAAGGACACUCAUGUUUGGCUCCAAAGAUGCAGUUAGAAGAGCAUGUAAUACCCGAAAGGCGCAGCAGCUUCUACGGUUUCUAAAGCCCUACUUUAUAGCUAUGUAUAGUG